CCGGAUUUCCGUCUCUCUCCACCUCCUUUCCACCUUCCCCCAAAACACCCCCCGAUUCCAUCCCCAAGUCCACCAUGCGUGAGAUCGUUCACCUUCAAACCGGCCAGUGUGGUAACCAGAUCGGUUCUGCCUUCUGGCAGACCAUCUCCGCUGAACAUGGCCUCGACGGCUCCGGCGUAUACAACGGUAGCUCCGACUUGCAGCUGGAACGCAUGAAUGUCUACUUCAACGAGGCCGGCGGCAACAAGUACGUGCCCCGUGCCGUGCUGGUCGACCUCGAACCCGGCACGAUGGACGCCCUCCGCUCCGGCCCCAACGGCGGUCUGUUCCGCCCGGAUAACUACGUGUUCGGACAAUCUGGUGCCGGUAACAACUGGGCCAAGGGUCAUUACACUGAGGGUGCCGAGCUGGUUGACCAGGUGGUGGACGUCGUGCGCCGGGAGGCUGAGAACUGUGACUGUCUGCAAGGUUUCCAGAUCACGCACUCCCUGGGUGGUGGUACCGGUUCCGGUAUGGGUACGCUCCUGAUCUCCAAGAUCCGCGAGGAGUUCCCCGACCGCAUGAUGGCCACCUUCUCCGUGAUGCCGUCGCCCAAGGUGUCCGACACUGUGGUCGAGCCCUACAACGCCACCCUGUCGGUGCACCAGCUGGUCGAGCACGCCGACGAGACCUUCUGUCUGGACAACGACGCCCUCUACGACAUCUGCCAGCGCACCCUGAAGCUGUCCUCCCCUUCGUACGGUGACCUCAACCACCUCGUGUCCGCCGUCAUGUCCGGUAUCACCGUCAGCCUGCGCUUCCCCGGCCAGCUGAACUCCGAUCUCCGCAAGUUGGCCGUCAACAUGAUUCCGUUCCCCCGUCUGCACUUCUUCAUGGUCGGAUUCGCCCCGUUGACCAGCCGCGGUGCCCACUCGUUCCGUGCGGUGACAGUCCCCGAGCUCACCCAGCAGAUGUUCGACCCUAAGAACAUGAUGACCGCCGCCAACUUCCAGAACGGUCGCUUCCUGACUUGUUCGACCUUGUUCCGUGGAAAGGUCUCCAUGAAGGAAGUCGAAGACCAGGUCCGCAACGUGCAGAACAAGAACUCCGCGUACUUCGUGGAGUGGAUCCCCAACAACGUGCAAACCGCCCUCUGCUCUGUGCCGCCCAAGAACCUGAAGAUGGCCGCUACCUUCGUGGGUAACUCGACCUCGGUGCAGGAGCUGUUCCACCGUGUGGCCACCCAGUUCACCGCCAUGUUCCGCCGCAAGGCCUUCUUGCACUGGUACACCGGCGAGGGUAUGGAUGAGAUGGAGUUCACCGAGGCCGAGAGCAACAUGAACGACUUGAUGUCCGAGUACCAGCAGUACCAGGAGGCGUCGAUCUCCGAUGGUGAGGGCGUUGAGGAGUAUGGUCACGAGGAUGAGGUGGUUUAUCCCGAGGAGGAGUUGUAAGGUGCUGAGCUUUAGCGCUUGAUUGGACGGUAAUUCAAAAUCUCUAUGCUUCUUGUAUUGUGGUUGGAAUUUACACAUUCGUUGUUGUCUCUGAGAGGCAGUUGGUAUAAACAAUCAUAUAAUUGAAUCAUUGGGCACGCC